CUGCCUCCUCCUCUCUGUUUUUUUGCUCCCUCAUUCUUUCGCUCCAUUCCCUUCUCCGUCUCUCUCUAGCACACACCAUAACUCCAUCCCUCACUCAUACACACACACACACACACACACACGCGUGAGGAGAGAGGACCUGCAGCAGCAAUGGCGAUUUUCUGCGUGCGCUAAGCAACUGCUGUCUGACGGUGAGCGGACCAGCAAGCAACCUGGACGUUCCGUGUGUGUGUGUGUGUGUGUGUAAGAGCGUGCGUGAGAGUGUGUGUGUGUGUGUGUGCGAGUGAAUGCGAGCUCCUCUCUACUUUACAGAGAGAAGGAGGAGGAAGGGGGAGCGCCUCACACACGGAGGGCUUAGCGGAAAACAAGGAUCUCUCGCGCGUGCUACGGUUACAGAGGCAACGCUUCAAACUACUGAAGGAAAUAUACCUGGUGCCGGCUCUCUGCCAGCCCCGACCAUGCAGCUUACCCCCGCCGCGUAACUUCUACCAGGGCACAGCCUUCUCCUCUGCCAGGGACACUAACCCACCAACGGGGACAGACAUGCACGACUGGCACCAGGACUGGCACGACCAGGGAUCUACGCCGCUGUCCCCUCCUCUUCAUCAGUGAUUUACGCAGGAGGAACCAUGGUGAGCAAGGCGGAGGGGGGUAAAUGCAUGCUCACCAACUCAGAGUCAGACUCAGAGGCAGGACCCUCACCUUCCCCGACUGCCUCUCAGGCCCUGGAAGUUAAAUACUCCUCCCUGGACACCAGCGCCAGAUCCCAGCAGCAGGUAAGGAAGAGGAACAAGGCCCUCCAGGUGAGGUUCAAGGACAUCUGUGAGGCGCAGAAUGAGCAGAGAGAGGCUGCUUUACAGGCUGCUGGGAAGGGAGGAAAGCCCCUCGCAUACAAGGUGGCGUACCGGAAGUACAUGACGGUGCCGGCCCGGCGCUCCAUCCCCAACGUCACCAAGAGCACCGGGGUGCAGACCUCUCCGGACCUCAAGGGCCGCUACAAGACCUUCCCCUUCGAGAGGAAGAAAGGCCACGGGCACACCAUUAAACACGUGGCGGCGGUGGAGACCUACAAGGGCCACGACAACGGCUUCGUCAUCGACGUCAAGCACCCCAAAGCCGGGGAGGGCGUCGGCGAGGGGCACGGGGAAGGGGGCGCGGCCACCUGCGAGGGAGGGAGCGGCGGGGAGGUGCAGAGGACCAGGGCUCUGUUGCACACUACGGAGUGCAUAGCGACAGUGGAGCAGCACUGUCCCGGCGGACCGGACUGCUCCGACACUCUGCUGCUCACGGAGUGCCCCUCUACCUCCAACACGCCCGGGCCCCACCGGGCCGCGGACUACCAGAUCUGUAGCGUCAAAUCCAAACCGCGGAGAGGAUUACAACACAGGGAACUGGACUCCACGGAGCGCACGGCCAGCAAACGGCAGCUGCUGAACGCCGAGGAGCCGGGCUCCGGCAGGACUCUGCCGGGCGAAGGGGGGGGCGCCUCCUCGGCCCCUAAGGUGACUGGCCCCAUCGCCUGGAACUCCCUAACUCAGGUGGAGUGUCUGGAGAGCCCAACGGCGAGGGGCAAACGGAAGAAGGGACUGCAGCUCAACGGGCUCCAGUCCCAGACUCUGCCGCGGGCCGGCGCCGGCUGUACCACACAGGCACAGUGCCACCCGUUGCCCCAACCGCUGUCGCACCUGACCACGGAGGAGACGGCCGGGUGCCGGACCGGGGUCAAAGCGUCCGCUGUGGCGACCCCCGGGAGAACUAACCCAGGGGCCGCCUGCAGGCAGAUCGUGCCGGUGGUGACGGAGGGAGGAGGAGGGGAUAUUAAAGCACAGCUUCAGGCCAUGGAGAACCUGAUCUCCUCCAGCCAGGAGACGAUUAAAGUACUGCUGGGUGUUAUACAGGAGCUGGAGAAAGGAGAGGCCCACAGAGAGGGCCUCUCCUAUCGGACUGGACAGGACACAGCCAACUGUGACACGUGUCGGAACAGCGCUUGUAUCAUUUACAGUGUGGAGUUGGACUUCAAGCAGCAAGAGGAUAAGCUACAGCCCCUUAUGAAGAAGUUGUGCCCCCAGGACGACUCCCACUUUUCCUCUCUGCCUUACCCCCAUGAGGCCUUCACCUCUACCCCUAAGCGCAAGGCCAAAGCUGACUCCAAGAAGCACGCCAGGUGGAAACUCUGGUUUCUCUGAAACAAGGAAGACAGCCACCUAGCCCUUCUUGAACAUGAAAACAACCUCCACACCCUCCCAAACAGGAAACAACCCAUAAAACCCUACCAAACAGCAAACAAAAGUCCACAAACCCCUCACAAAUAGGAAACACAACACUCUAAACCAUCCGAAACAGGAAACAACCCAAACCACUCACAAAUAGGAAACACUCUAAACCAUCCAAAACAGGAAACAACCCAAACCACUCACAAAUAGGUAACAACACUAAACCAUCCAAAACAGGAAACAACCCAAACCACUCACAAAUAGGUAACACAACACUAAACCAUCCAAAACAGGAAACAACCCAAACCACUCACAAAUAGGUAACACAACACUAAACCAUCCGAAACAGGAAACAACCCAAACCACUCACAAAUAGGAAACACAACACUCUAAACCAUCCAAAACAGGAAACAACCCCGAAACCCUCCCAAACAUGGAACCACCCCCAAACACCUUCCAAACAGUAAAUAACACCCUAAACCCGCCCCACACGAGAAACCCAACCCCCAUGCACCAUCCCAAACAGGAUCCACAAGCUGCAAAACCCCUCCCAAAAACCUCAAAACACCACACAAACUAGAAAGACGACCCAUACACCACUCCCAAACAGGAAAUGCGACCCAAUAAAACCCCUCCCAAACCCCCUAAACUCAUCCCAACCAGGAAACAAUCCGCCAAAGCACUCCCAAACAGGAAAUACAAGCCCCUAAAUCCAUCUCAACCAGGAAACACCACAUUAACGCACUCCCAAACAGGAAACACCACCCCCUAAAUCCACCCCAAACAGGAAGUAACCCACUAAAGCACCCCCAAACAGGAAACACAAACCCCUAAACCCAUCCCAACCAGGAAACACAACCUCCUAAAUCCCUCCUGAACAGGAAACACAACCUGCUAAUUUGUUCCUGAAAAGGAAAUAUGGAUCCUCGAUCGUGAAAGGAAUAAUAUCUCCCCUCAUUACACAUUCUCUUAUAUGUCAGAGAGCGCAACGAGUCAACGGCUCCAUCUGCACUAUGAGUAGAAGGGACGAGUGCUGCACAGGAGUGACUUCACCUAUUGGAUUUCUGAAGACACUGGUCUCAACUGAGUCAGCAGGAUUUAAGCACCAUUCAAUCUAUAUAUCUAUUUAUUCAUUAUUCAUUUGUUCUCUUUGGAUUUUGGAUCCCAACCAAAAGGCUGUUUUUGGGUAUGGUAAUGUAAGGCAUCUCUACAAGUGAGUGCUUCAAAUUCUGGAUAAUAUUGAACUGACUGGACUUUGGAAUGAACUGUAUGAUCUGUGAAAGAAAGCAUAGCACAGAUUUCCCCCAGAUCAUUUUUGACAUAGUUUGUCACCCCCGCUCAAAAAAGAAUGGAUUGAAAGUUUUGUUAAGAGAUUUCCCUCAGAGCAGGGCGUGAAAUUACACUGCAGCAAUUUAUUUGCAGAUAAGCAAGGUGAGAAGACAACAUUGGACUCUCUCAACAAUUUAUUUGGAUUUUUUUUCUUGCUCAGUAGACUCUAUAGCAGUGGAAAGCCAUUCAUUUAUUGGUUAGUUCCGUGACAACCGUCUCUCUUGCUCUAUUUCUGUCACAUUUCUACUCACAUGUCAGGACUUGAUCUUUAAUUGUGUUUCUUCAUUACCUUUAAUCUCACCUCGUUGAAGGUAUGGAGAUGAAGGUAUGGACGACGGUUAUCAAGCAUGACGCUCGUUUCUUGAUGGUCUAAGAACUACAGCAAUGGCAUUUCAGCAUAUCGGCUAAAGCACAAUUUAUUAAACAACAAUGUUCAGGAAGACUUUUCUCCACCGUGACUAAAAAUACUAUUUUGAAAAUUCCCAUCAUGCAAUAUGUAUAAUGGUGAUCUAACAGCAAGGAAAGAAUGAAGAAGACCUUUAGGAUUACAACUCUAAACAGGAACAAGGAUGGGUCUUGAAGGAGACAUGCAUUUAUUGGAGGUGAAUUAUAAAAUGUCUUUAUCUGUAUCUUAAAUGUCUUCUUGCAUCAAAUGACUUUGAAAUGAGGAUUAGAAAAAUAACACUUAUUUUCUUAUAUAAAUAUUUGCAAACA